AUGGCACUCACUUUACCCUUAUCAUCUUCCAUUUCACCAAUGAAAGAGAUAAACUUCAACUUCCCCAUUUCAUUUUCUCUUUGCAAGGACAAACCCACCAACAAAUUCUUCAAUUUCACCCCUUUCUCAAAAUCCUCUUUGCAGGUUUGUUAUUCCAGAAUAACAAGAGUUCAAGCACUCCAAUCGGACGGUACUAAUUCGAAAAGAAAAGGGCGAGAACCAUAUAGUGACAGUGAUAGUGAUGAUGAUGAUGAAGAUGAUGCACCGUCUUCCUCGAAAGGAAAUGACCCUUAUGCUAUGAGUCUCGAAGAGAGACGGGAAUGGAGGAGGAAAAUCAGACAGGUUAUGGAAAAGAAUACUGAUAUUCAAGAGGUUGUAGAUCCCGAUGAAAAGAAGAAGAAAAUGGAAAAGCUUAUUAAUGAUUACCAACUUGUUGUGGAAGAGGAGGAUCCUGAUUGGCCUCAAGAUGCUGAUGGUUGGGGAUUCAAUCUCGGGCAGUUUUUCGAUAAGAUUACCAUCGAAAAUAAAAAGAAGGAAGAUAAUGAUGAUGAUGACAAUGAUGAUGUUGAUGAUGGUAAGAAAAUACAGUGGCAAGAUGACAAGUGCAUUUAUCCUAUCAAAGAUGUAAAGGCUGCGGCAUGGGAGGAAACUGUGUUUAAAGACAUUAGUCCUUUGAUUAUUCUUGUGCACAAUCGGUAUAGAAGGCCAAAGAACAAUGAAAAAAUUCGAGAUGAACUAGAGAAGGCUGUGCAUAUCAUAUGGAACUGCGGAUUACCCUCGCCAAGAUGUGUGGCGCUUGAUGCUGUUGUUGAGACUGAACUAGUUGCCGCACUUAAAGUAUCGACUUUCCCAGAAGUUAUCUUCACUAAAGCCGGGAAGAUUUUAUUCCGUGAUAAAGAAAUUCGCAAUGCAGAUGAGUGGUCAAAAAUCAUGGCCUUUUAUUACUACCGUGGAGGCAAACCACCGUGUUUGACAAACAUUCCAGAUCUCCAAGAAAAUAUUCCUUCUUUUACCAUUGAUAGUCGAAUGUCUUGA